CUCAUGGUAUGUGUGAGUAUAAAUUUUGCAGAUGGUCAGAACAGACAGAAAGUCGUGAAACCCUGCGUCCCAUUAGAAACAGCUCAGAGAAUAAGUUUUGAUAAGUUAUCUUAGUAAAAUAUUGUCUGUUUUUAAGAAGUUCCUUAAUUCAAGUUCGGUUCCUGAAGUGCCUGAACGUAGCACAGCAUCACUUUUCCCUUCCAUCGCUCAGCCAAUCGUACGCCACUUUAUCGCACAUGUCCCGCCUAUAGUUCUGCCCCUGCGCCAUAAAUAGGUGGAGUUUGAACAGUGAGCUAAUCAGAGUAAACAGUCAAAAUGGCGACAUUUGUGUCCGGAGAGGAGCAAUGUAGUGUAACUGGGAUUAUUUCUGACCCUCAGAGCAAAAAACUCACUGACCUGCCGAGUGAGUUGCUCGAAUACAUCCUUUGCGCCCCAGUCCUCCAACAUACCGAUAUUUGUAACGUUUCCUCCUGCUGCAAGCGCCUACGCGACGUCUGCCAUGGAAGGGGAAAGGUCUGGGAACACCAGUAUAAACUCAGAUGCCCUAGACUGCAGCGGUUUUAUCACCAGAAUGAAUGUUAUGACUGGCUGGGAGAAUACAAAACACGCCAUCGUGUCGGUUCAGAGAUAAGAAGGAUGGUAGAGUCGAUCUCUAAGAAGUUCUUCACAGAAGUCCCUUGCGUUGGCCAAGUGUUGGGAGACAGCUUUGCAGAGAUCGAAUCACUGGGAAUGCCCGAGCACUUCUGUGAAGAUGAGCUUCUCUUCAUUCUGAACACAGACAGGAGUAAAAGCCUCACGUUAAAGUACUAUGCAAAGAAAAUCCUUUACUUUCUGAGACAGCAGAAAGUCCAGAGGCGUCUGAAAAUGUUUCUAGAGCUGCCUGCAGAGCAGCAGUCGGCUCUGGAAGGUGCUGUCAUGGUGGACCAGUAUUGUAACCCACUUGCUGAUGUUACACUUGACAGCAUAUUGGCUCAAGUAAAUGAGGUGGCAGAAAAGGUUAAGAAGGUGCUCAGGGUGAAAAAUUCCUCUCAUCCCACUCUGCACAUCACUGAAGGCGACUGUUUCGUCAUAGAAGACUCUAAUCUCCAGAGGCAGGUGCUGUGUGUCUUAAACACCGUCUUAUAUGAUCAUCUUCAAUAUAAAGGAAAUGAACUGGACUACUACAAUCCCCUCAACUCCUACAUCCACCAGGUGCUCCUACGCCACAUUGGCAUUCCCAUCAGCCUCUCUGUUCUCUACAUGACACUGGCACAGAAACUUGGCGUGCAACUGGAGCCCGUCAACUUCCCAAAUCACUUUCUGCUGCGCUGGGGCCAAAAAGCUCAAAGGAGUGACGACAUCUACGACUUUGUCUACAUCGAUGCCUUCGGCAAAGGCAAGCAACUGACGGCCAAGGAGUGCGAGUACCUCAUUGGGCACCAGGUGACAGCAGACUACUACAGUGCCAUCAGUACUACAGAGGUGCUUCUCAGGAUGGUGGGGAACCUGCUCAAUAUUGGCAAGAGAGGGUAUUCAUCUGAUUUAUUUCACAAAUUAAUUCUCAUGGCUAAGACAUCCAUUUACCUAAGAAUUCUCAUGUCUCGUCCAUCGUCCGUUGUCCUACCACAGGUGCUCGACAUCCUGCAGCACAUCCAGGCCCUGGAUCCGUCUCAGCACGGAGCGGUAGGCUAUCUGGUGCAACACACAAUGGAACACAUCCAGCACAGGAAGUACCCAAUGGCGCCUGAGGUGAAGAGGCACAGUGCUCCGGAAAACUCAGAGGUCCAGUACUCAGUCGGAAUGGUCAUGAAACACAAGAGGUCAGGUUACAACUGUGUGAUUUACGGCUGGGACUCCAAAUGCAGCAUGAGCCAGGAGUGGAUCACCACCAUGAGGGUCCGUCAGCUGCCCCGUGGGGCCCAACAGCCCUUCUACAACGUUCUAGUUCAGGAUGGAACAUGCCGCUACGCAGCGCAAGAAAACCUGGAGCCUCACUCGGCCCCCAUGGAGAUCGGACACCAAGAGGUGGGUCGAUACUUCUCAGAGUUUUCUGACACCCACUACGUGGCCAACGAGGACCUUUGCACCCGUUACCCAGAAGACAUGAAUGAAACUGCCAGCACAGUGCAGCAGCUCUAUCACAGAUUGACCACCAGUCCUGACGGCCAACAGCGGACCACGGCUUGGGUCCAAAAUACGCACCAGUCUGCGUCCAUGUAGCAAAAUAUGGCCAAUGUCAUCAUGAGAAUCGAUGACAUUCGUUCCAAUCCCUUGAGUUCCUGCUUCACUGCAGAUUUUUACCAAAAGAGACAGUUACUAUGGAGAAUUGUAGAAAACUGAAAAUUUAAGUUUAAAGUUUUUGUUGUGCGUCUAACAUGGCUUACUGCUCAGCCAAUGCCAAAAGAGAAUGGUGUUUCUUUUUUUUUACUACCAAGUAAAGACUCUUAAUUCCAGUCUCAAAAACCUGGAGGAGAAAGACACAGGCUGGAUCUUAAUGGUUGAAAUAUAAAUUGUGGAUCAGUGUCCAGGUGCUGCAGAUUCUCCCUCUACCUACAAACAACAGAACACUCCAUUAACUAGAGUUCCCUUACUGUUCCCUGCACCUCGAUAGAACCAGUGAAACCGAGUCGAGCCUGAACCCCCUGGAUUACAGUGCCACUUGAAAUAUAUAUAUGUAUAUAUAU